AUGGAUGAAAAGGGGUGGUGGAAGGCGAGCGGAAUGGCAACCGUCGCUCCCCCGAUCCCGAUAUGGUACACAGGCGUUGUCUCCCUCUCCGCAAGGAGAGUUUUCUUCCUUUUAUUUUUGGAAUUCACAAUACUGUUAUUUCUUGCAAGGUGUUGGGGACUUGGGAAAGGCUGUUCACGCUUUCUGGGAAGACGAAAGGGUUCGUCCCGUAGACAUGUAUAUACAUGGGUUGGAUGGCAGGUUGGGUUCAAGACGCACAGCACGCGCUUGCGUUGGAUGGGUUCAGGAAUACGGAGAACAUGUGGCAAAUGUUCCACUGGGGUGUAUAGCACGAAACAAGUAAACUAG